CGUGUCUCCCGCAGCAGUCGCAAGCAGCAGCGAGCGUAUCGGUCCUAGUGCCGAUUGGCACGACGAUGGCGAUCUACGGGCGCGGAAUAACCUUCUUGUCGCACCGAUGUGUCACCUUUCAUGCCAUGUCGCCUUCUCAGACGACGCGGGUGGUGGUGCAGUGGAAACAAGCAAGCAUGUCUGGCAAGGCUGUGUGCCGCGCGAUCCGGUUCUUCCAGGAUCCCGCGUGCAAAAGACAAAGGACAGAAGUUUUCGCGAAUGGCCAACAGAGUGAGAAGCGCAUCUCCGGUGCACCGAGGUCCGCCCUCUGCCUCAUAGACAACAUGUGUCUGUAUGCGCGCUGCCCUGCCGGCUCUGACACAUGCACCCCACCCACGGACGACCGCACGGCAGUGACGUGCGCGUGCAAGAAAGGCUACAGCGCGGUCAACAACAAAUGCCAGCCUCCCAAACCCUCGUGCCUCACUGCAGGCUGCCCUGCCAACUCCGAGUGUGCCAAACGCACCAGUGGCACUGGAAUGGAGUGCAAGUGUAAGUCGGGCUACAAUGCAGUCGGUGCCACCUGUGUGCCAGCAGCAAAACCCGGCACCACCACAACCCCGUCCGGCACCACCACAACCCCGUCCGGCACCACCACAACCCC